AUGGCGGUUCAGUCUAAACUGCUGCCGCCUGACCGCUCCAUUAAGCAUAUCCUCUCCAGCCUCACCUCCCUCUAUCUCCGACACCGCACUCGCAUCUCCCGCGGUGUAUACCUCGCUCUCUUUGCAGCCCUCGCAAAACGAAUUCAUAAUGCUAUCUCCGAGCAAAAGGCAGCUUCUCACCAGGUUGAGCUGCGAAGACGUCCCGGCACGAGUAGCCUGGGCGACGAGGAACAACCCCGCAAGAAACGGGUGGAGAUCAACCGGGAAUUCUUCAAGAGCUUGCUUCGUCUCCUGAAGAUUGUAAUUCCUGGAUGGCGCAGCAAGGAACUACGGCUCCUAGUGAGCCAUAGCGUCUUCCUCGUGCUGAGGACACUCCUCAGCCUGUACGUCGCUGAACUAGACGGAAGACUCGUGAGCAACCUCGUGCGGGGAAGGGGGAAGGAUUUCCUACUCGGACUCUUCUGGUGGAUGAUUGUGGCUGUUCCGGCAACGUUUACAAAUUCUAUGCUAUCCUAUCACCAAUGCAAACUCGCGCUCAGUUAUCGGAAACGGUUAACUGACUACAUUCAUGAUAAAUACCUGUCGAAUAUGACCUUUUAUGCUAUCUCGGCUCUGGAUGACCGAAUUAAGAACCCCGACCAGCUUGUCACUGUCGACGUGUCUCGUUUCUCUGACAGCCUGGCAGAGCUGUACUCUAACCUGGCCAAGCCAAUAUUGGACAUGGCCAUCUAUAACUACUCUCUCUCAAAGAAUGUCGGAGGCGAGGGCCUAUUCAUCAUGAGCUUGCUGGUACAGCUCUCGGCUAACGUCAUGCGCAUGCUGACACCACCGUUCGGCAAGUACGUUGCGGAUGAAGCGCGACUAGAAGGAGAGUUCCGUUUCCUUCACUCUAGGCUUAUCGACUAUAGCGAAGAGGUCGCUCUCUAUCAUGGCCAUGAGGCCGAGAAAGACACCCUCGACAAGGGCUACUUUACUUUGAUUAAACAUGUGAAUCGCAUUUUGCGCAGGCGCUUGUACCAUGGAUUCAUGGAAGAUUUCGUGAUCAAAUACUUCUGGGGUGCGCUAGGCUUGAUCCUCUGCAGUGUGCCCGUCUUUUUCAAGAUUCCUGGUCAGAUCACUCAGACCAUGGGAGACCGAACCGAAAACUUUGUCACUAACCGGCGGAUGCUGUUGUCUUCAUCUGACGCUUUUGGUCGUCUCAUGUUCUCUUACAAAGAAAUCUCAGAGUUGGCAGGUUUCACAGCCCGAGUUUCGUCCUUGCUAGAGGUGAUGGAUGACCUGGUCGCGGGCCGAUUUGAGAAGAAACUGGUGUCAUCAGCGUCAACUGAGGAGAAUGCAGCCGUUCUGUCCGGUCGGGGUGAAAUUAUGGAGAGUGAUUCCAUCGAGUUCACCGACGUACCGAUCGUCUCACCAAAUGGCGACGUUCUGAUUCGCAAACUGUCUUUCACUGUUCACCCGGGCGACCACCUCUUAAUUGUCGGACCUAACGGGUGUGGCAAAUCCUCCUUGUUUCGCAUUCUGGGCGGGCUCUGGCCGGUCUACGGAGGAUCUGUCAAAAAACCUCCUUUCCAAGACAUCUUUUACAUUCCGCAACGCCCAUAUCUGUCUCGCGGGACACUCCGACAGCAAGUCAUCUAUCCCGAUGGGGUACGUGAGAUGCGCGCCAAGGGUGUCACUGAUGCAGACCUGCAUGAGGUUCUGUCGGUGGUUGAAAUCGCGUCUGUUGUCGAUCGCCCCGGCGGCUGGGACGCCGAGGAGGAGUGGCGCGAUGUAUUAUCAGGUGGCCUACAGCAGCGCAUUGCGAUGGCCAGACUCUUCUACCACCGACCCAAGUUCGCCAUACUCGAUGAAUGCACAUCGUCAGUCACUUUGGAAAUUGAGAAGGUUAUGUACGAGACGGCCAAGAAGCUUGGAAUCACCCUGAUGACAGUAUCACAUCGCCGCAGCUUGUGGAAGUACCACAAGAAGAUUUUGCAAUUCGAUGGCCAAGGUGGUUACAUCUUCACUGGGCUGGACUGGGAGCGGAGAUUGAAAUUGGAAGAUGAGAAAGAAGAGCUUGACUUGCAACUACGAGCGGUCCCUGAAUUACAACGGCGAGUUGCGGAGUUAAAAGCAACCUAG